AUGGACACCGUCUACCUCCACCAGCCCCUGCGAACUGCAGUCGCAGUCUCGUUUGGAGUUGGUCUGCUAUACUGGGUAUAUCGACUAAUUUUGCAAAAGACAAAGAGUCUAAAGGCGCUGGAUUUGCCGGUUCUGCAAAGUGUUGGUGAUCAAGGCAUUGUGAAAGCGCUGGAGGAGGGUCAUGCCAAGUACCAGUAUCCAGACAGUCCGUUCGCACUGGGAGUGCCAGGGCAACAAGUAGUUGUCGUUCCCGUCUCUGAAAUCGACACCGUCAAGGCGCUGCCGGAGAACCAGCUGUCCAUCAAGAAGCACCAUUACAACCAAUUCCUCGGCGAAUAUUCGUACAUGGGCACCAAGGCCGACGAAUUCGACGACGCGAUGAGAUAUGUGCUGGUCCGCAACACUCCGGCAGUGUUAGCCUCGUUCACAGCCGAGAUCGACUACGCCAUGUUGACCGUGCUCCAGCUCCCGCCCAACACCUGGACCCGAGUGAAGCCGCGAUCGAUCAUGCCCAAGGUGGCCACGAUCCUGUCAGGCCGCGCCUUUGUCGGGCUGCCACUCAGUCGAGAACCAGACUGGAUCGAGUCCAACGUCAACUACACCCAGGACGUCUCGCGCGCCUGGAUGGUCCUGCGCUUCUACCCGCACUGGAUCCGGCCGCUGGUGGCGCCGUUCCUGCGCGAUGUCAAGACCCUAGAGAAGAAUAAGGCGCUGAUCGGGCGCAAGAUUGCAAAGCUCCUUGCCGAUCAAGAAGCGCAGAAGCUGUCGCCCGCAAAGGAGAAGAUCCCCGGCGGCGAUAUGAUCGACUGGUUCAAGUCGCGGUACCAGGCCCAGGGGAAGACGGCCACGGCACAACAGCUCACGCGCGAUCAACUGCUGGCCACUUUUGCCUCGAUCUACAACCUGUCUAAUGCCCUGACAUAUGUCAUUUUCGAUCUGGCGGCGUAUCCGGCCGUCGUGGACGAGCUACGCGAGGAACUCGACCAGGUCCUCGGCCCUAACGUCGGCGCCGAGAGCAUUGACAAGACCACCCUCCCGCGACUGAUCAAGAUGGACAGCUUCGUGCGUGAAUCGCAACGUCUGAGUCCCACCUCGUUGGUCAAUAUCCCCCGAAUCGUCACCGAUCCAAACGGGCUCCGACUGAAGACCGGCCAUGUGAUUCCACCCGGAUACCUGGUGAUGGGAGGGGCCAACGAGAAUCGCUGGCAACACACCUCCACGGGGGCCGACAACAUCAAUUUUGGCCAUGGGCUCUGGGCGUGUCCGGGGCGGUUCUUUGCCAGUGCGGAGAUUAAGGUGGUUGUGGCCUAUGUGAUUCGUCACUACGAUCUACGGCUGGUCGAGGGACGGCCUCGUCCGACUCCUAAGUAUGGUGGAUUGGCUAUUUUCCCUGAUGCUGAGGCAGAGGUCGAAUUCCGGCCGAGAUUGUAG